AUGGCACCACCACCUACCGUUAUAUUAGACAAUGGGGCGCAUACGAUGAAAAUAGGUAUCUCGUCUUUUGAUACACUACCAAGGCUGGUAUCUAACGCUAUUAUACGUGGCAAAAAUGAUAAGCGUUUGUAUGUUGCAGACGAAUUUGACGAUUGUAAGGAUUUUUCCUCUCUUUUCUAUCGGCUUCCCUUUGAGAGAGGCCUUUUGGUUAAUUGGGAUAUUGAGCGUACUGUUUGGGAUCGGGUUUUCAAGCAUGUAAUCCGGUUAGAACCUAAGGAAAGUCGAUUACUUGUAACUGAGCCUUGUUUCAACUUGCCUAAAAUACAAGACAAUUACGACCAAAUCAUUUUCGAGGACUAUCAGUUCCAAGCUUGCUAUCGUACUAUAGCUCCCGAACUCUGCUUAUUUAAUGAAGUAGGUGGCCUAUUUGGUGACAAACUUGGAUCAGUGCCUGACUGUACGUUAAUAGUUGAUUCAGGGUAUUCGUUCACGCACAUCAUCCCUUUCUACAAAGGACAAGCUAUUGCUCAAGGAAUUCGACGACUUAAUGUCGGCGGAAAAUUGCUUACGAAUCAAUUAAAAGAAACGGUGUCAUUUAGAGCGUAUGAUAUGAUGGAGGAAACUCAUAUUAUAAACGAAGCAAAAGAAAAAUGCUGUUUUGUAUCAAUGGAUGUAUAUAAGGAUUUGGAAAUAUGCAAAAAGCCUUUUCGACAAAAUUCCGUCAUUCAAGAAUACGUGUUGCCUGAUUUUAUACACACCACAGCAGGACAAAUACGGCAUCCUUCGUCGAAUGAGAAUCAACGACAGCAGAGCAAAGAUCAGCAAAUUCUGAUGAUGAACAAUGAGCGAUUUAUGAUACCCGAAAUAUUGAUGCGUCCUUCAGAUAUUGGAAUAGAUCAAGCAGGAAUACCGGAAGCAAUUGUUCAAAGUGUGAGUGCUACUGACUCUUCUAUGCAUGGACUAUUCUAUGCGAAUAUCAUACUCGUGGGUGGUAACGCUAACUUUCCUGGUUAUAAGGAAAGAAUUGAACAAGAUCUGCGGCAAUUGGUCCCUAGUGAAUAUGAUAUUCGAAUAGUGGUGCCCAUUGAUCCAGUAACGUAUGCUUGGGAAGGUGGUGAUCGAUUCAUAUCACAAAGCUCCAAAAGUGAAUUAUCAAGGACUUUUGUUUCUCGCAAAGAAUAUUUAGAGUAUGGCAGUGAGAUCUGUAGGAAGAAGUUCGGUUCUAUCAUGAUAUGA